CAAAAACCCACCUUGCAUACAGUGCGAACUCCUAUCGACGUGCUCGUCUUGGCCUUCAAAAUCCUGUUGAAGCUGGGUUAAAGACUCUUGACAUCCCGCCUUGAUAAGCCCGCAAAGCCUCCGACGGCAGCAGAUCUAUAAGGCUCAAUUAAUACACGGACGAUGGCUGACGGUCGCUUGAAUGCUUCGCUAGACCAACUUAUUGUGGAGCAAGGCUAUGGGAAGGCUCCACGUGUGGGCGGUCCUCCCGGCUCGUCAGGUCAGCGGAUGCAGCCUUAUGGCGGACGUGGUAGUGGUAGCAGGAGCGGCCUUGGCACCACGACUCGCAUCAGCGAGACUUUAGAUGACACGGCAACGCCACAAAACGCCAUCAAAGUUGGCGGAAACCAGGACGCAAAGGACAUAGCCCAGCGCAUCUGCGACUCCUGUCGCGUGGGCGAGCCCCCGGCGUUGCUUACUAUCGGCGGGCAGUCCAUUAACCAGGCUGUGAAAGCGAUAGCCAUCGCACGGGCGGAUCUGAGCAAGGAGGGCCUGCAGCUAAGCUUCCAGCCAGCCUUCCGGCACACGGACCGGACAAAGCCCCUCAUCGCCUUCUACAUUGCUAAGGACCGCACGACACGGCAACAGACGACGCAUGGGGACGACGUGGUGCUCACCGUCGCGUCGCAAUCUAAAAUCGUGCCCGUGGCCGGCGCCAUUGCCGGCAAAAUACGCGAGAACCUAAAAACCUCACUGCUGGCAAUCGGUGUCGACGCCGUCACCAACGCAGUGCUGGCGGUAGGCAAUGCACGCCUUUUCCUGGAGCAAGACAACUACGACAUCCGUGUAGAGCCGGAGUUUGCAAAGGUCGAUAAGAACGGCCAGCAGAUGACGUCCAUGAGGCUGUCGCUUGUGGCAGAGGCGUUGUAGCGUGGCUGGGGUGGCUGGCUGGAUGCGUAGGAUACGGUUAUAGCAGGAUCUAGGACAGGUGUUCAGCUUUCAGAACCGUGCAGCUUUCCACGAGGGUUACGCCGCAUGCAUUGGACAUGUACUGGCGGCAUAAGUGUGUCAUGGUACUUAACGUGCCUUGGUGUUGUGUGGGAGACCAACGAACGUGAGCACAGAUUCUAAGGAGGCCUGUAAUGGCCAUGCAUCUCGGAAUGCAAUACGGGAACUGGUUAGGUGUGUGGCCGUUUAUAAGACACCAUACUAGUAAUCUUGGUGUUAAAUGUGUGAGACGUGGGCGGAACAGAUGCUGCUGUUCCACGUUUACCGUGUAAGGGUAAGGAAAGGAACUUGCUUUGGUACGGCAGGGGGAUAACACGUCGUACGCCGUUGACGCUGUGACUUUGUUGGUGUAGUUUGUGGGUUUUGGACCAUACUUCCAGGAGACUCGACUGCGUGCGUCCUUUUGCGGCCACAUUUUAUCGUUGUCGCUUCUGGAUGUCAAUGGCUGAAGGAAGCUAUUCUGGACGCGUGCGUCAGGCCGACACUUAUCAUUUCCUUUGGUUUGUACUUCUCAGUCUGCAUGGCAGUUAGAUGCUGGGUUGGGCUUGGAAGGACGUGGCGUUCAUCUCGCGGCUUGUACGUUGUGUGAACGUAUUGCGUGUGCGCCGGAGUAUGGGUCCAACUACGUUGGUAAAGCAGCGCAUGAGUUGUUUUGGAGGUUGCAACCGCCCUGCAGCGCUCUGCAGAUAUCCAGCUUCACACAGCUUUAACACUUUUCUCGCCAUGCACCGCCAGCUUUCGCUGACAGGGCUGCUAAAUUGUUGAAGCCCAAUAUCCCGGCCCUUGGGUCCAGAACGCGGCAGAGGAUACAGGGCGCUAUAUUACGGAUUGGCCAGUGACAUACCCUUGCAACGUUUCUUUCUAGUCGCAGCUGGACCACAACCAAACGCUGCCCGUUGCAGCUUUUCCUUACAUUAUCUAUCGCAUUGCAUUGUGCCUUACGGCGGUAGGUUUUAACUAAAUCGCCCUAGGGUGAGCUUUUCAGUCGGCACUCGGAAGGCUGCGACGCCUGCCAUUGGCCGUUUUUGUACGAACGACGGUUUCCUGCUAAGACCAAUGUCGUAUGCCAACCUCGAGUCGUGCUGUCGAGCGCGUUGACUGCUGAACAGCGAGGUUCAAUACCCUUCAUAGGUGGCUUGAGCUUACGACGAUUAUACACUUGUAAGAGACGUUAAGUUGGCUACGCAUCGAGACGUGCGAAAGAUGGGUGACCGAGAGCGCGGUUCGGCAGAGGAGAAAACAGCUCUACUCGCUGGCACAAAAGACGUAGAAGCUAGUAGCCAGACCUCAGCAACUGGCGCGGGAAAGCCCAUUGCGUUUGGAUUGGGCGUGACAGGACUCGUCAUCAUCUACUAUGCGCUCUGCAGCUCAACAAUGCUUGUGAUUAACAAGGUGGCAAUCUACAACUUGCCUUGCCCAAUAUUCCUCCUCUGCGUCCAAUUGUUCUCGUCCGCACUAGUUGUCUGGGUUGGAAACAAAGCUGGUGCUGUCCAAGCGGACUCCAUUGAUUGGCCGAAGCUCAAGAAGUUUAUCUGGGUGGUCCUCGGUUUCCUCGGCACCAUUUUUGCCAACAUCAAGGUCCUGCAGCACGCCAACGUUGAGACGUUCAUUACGUUCCGCUCUUCUACCCCACUGGUGUUGUCCCUGUGCGACUACCUCUUCCUGGGCCGGGCGCUUCCCUCCGCGCGGUCCUGGGCGAGCCUGCUCGUGCUGCUGGGCGGCAGUGUGGGCUAUGUCAUGGUUGACAGCGACUUCCACGUCGAUGCAUACUACUGGCUUAUGCUGUGGUACGUGUUCUUUACCUUCGACACCGUGUACGUGAAGCACAUGUGCGACACCGUCAAGAUGACCAACUGGAGCCGCGUCUACUACACCAACGCCCUUGCGCUGGUUCCGCUGCUCUGUGCGCUGCCCAUGACCGGCGAGCACCUGAAGCUGGCCGCCAUCGACUGGACGCCCGCCGUGCUGAUGCCGCUGGUGCUGUCCUGCCUGAUGGGCGUGUGCAUGUCGCACAGCGCGUACCUGCUGCGAGACACGGUGUCCGCGACGCUGUUUACGAUUGUGGGCAUCCUGUGCAAGAUCAUCACGGUGGUGAUCAACGUGCUGAUCUGGGACAAGCACGCCACGCCGACGGGCAUCGCGUUCUUGCUCGUGUGCGUGCUUGCGGGAACGUUCUACGAGCAGUCGCCUCGGCGGACUUAGACGGAAGGCGGUCACCACAAACAUCUAGCUGAGUGCGUCUUGGCUCAUCUGUUUUACAUCCCAGUAGUUUUUUCUAUCCUGGGAGUUAGGCCUUCUGUGCUCAAGAGCAGUAGUAGUAGCAUAACAAAAGGGACUCGUGGGUUCCACGUGAACGCAUUUGCAGCAGCAGUCCGCUAGGAGAGCUGUGAUCCUGUCUUUUCUUUUGCGUUGCCGUAUGCUUGUUUGAUGGCUUGGUGUCGGUUCCCGGUUAUGGAGCUUGUGAUCUGUGGACAAAGCCAAUCUCUUAGUUUUCUUGCAUGCGUACGGGUGACACAGGCAGCCGAGGUACGGUUUGCAUCGUGGCUAUAGUCGGUGUGUUGUUCAUUCAAGCAUGACUCCUGUUGCAUCCUCUGUUUUUGGUCUGGUGCCUUCUGCACAUAGUCUACUGAUGCACAUAGCCAGGUUUGCUGGGGCAAGAUGCUUGCUGCUCGACCUUGGUGAUCAUUGAACUCUUUAAACCGCAUUGCGUUGGGGUGAUGGUUCUAUGGUUAGGGCAACGCAGUCAAUGCAGUGUCUAGGCGGUGGUUAACUACGGUUCCACUCUAGGGUAGGGCAGUACACGCCCAUGUAACCACAUAUAAACAGAAUAACGGUACCUACCUCGCAUUGCAGGAGACUAAUGCCAGGCAACAGGGGAUGCACAGCUGCUGAUCCAAUGCAGACUAAUCCCGACGGCAAGUUACAUGCACAACAUGAC